UUCGGAGGCCAGAAAUAAAACACGCUGCUGCAGAAUUGCGCGUGAUUCAUUCUCCGCUCCGCCUUUAUCGGCCGGUACGUGUCACGACCGACAAUCUUCGCCCGCCCGCCUUCGCAGUCCCAGCCAUAACCAGACAAACGAUGCAAGCUCCCAACAAGUCUUCAGUCUCCUCGUAACAAUGGGCUGGUCAUCGCCCGACAGCUGGGUUACCAGGCUCUUCGCCGGCGAUCCUCUUGUGUGCUUGCUCGCCUUUCUGGUGGUGUUAGCACUUCCGGCACUGUUGCAUCUUUACUUCUAUACGCAGUCGGCACGUACCAGAAUCGUCCCGACCUUUUUGCUUUUGGGCCCUAGCAACGCAGGGAAGACUGCAUUGGUCACUCUGCUACAAAAGAGAUCUGCCGAACUAGAAAACGCAGAGCCAGCCGUCACCCGAACUUCCCAAGUAUCAUGGCGAGCCCCCUUGCUACUUCCGCCCUCGGUCCCUCUGGGAUCUGAUAAAUACCGUUCCGAAAACGAUGUGUCCUUGAGGGAGAAGCAGCCCACUCGAUAUGUCAUGAUAGACACUCCUGGACACGGCAAACUGAGAACCGAACAGGCAUUGCCUCAAAUACAAAGCCCUUCGCUUCGUGGAGUGAUUUUCGUUGUCGAUGCCAGCGUCCUUGAUUCGAGUGAUUCUCCUGCUUCGCGCGACACGGCGGCGUAUCUUCAUGACACCUUACUCGUCCUACAAAAACGGAAAGCCGCGAAGACGUCAGCCAAGGCCGCAAAGACGGAUAUACCGAUUCUGGUCGCAGCAAACAAGCAAGAUCUGUUUACUGCGCUGCCUCCCGGGGCGGUAAAGGAACGGCUGCAGACAGAAAUCGAAAGAGUCCGAGUGUCCAGGAGUAAGGGUCUUGCUACCGUAGGCCAGGAGCCGGAUGUCGAUGGGGAAGAUGAAAUUCUCGGUGGUGGGGGUGAAGAGAAGUUCAGCUUCAAGUUGAUGGAGGAGGAGUACGGCAUUCGUAUCGACGUCGUUGGAGGAGCCGUAAAAGGUGAAGAAGCAGGCAAGGGAGUCGGAAGAUGGGAGGAAUGGAUUGGCGGUUGUCUAUAACCCUCUCCAAACCUGUUGAAUUUGAGCCAUUCCCAAUAGUGGACGGAUAUGGAUCCCUUGUCUUCGUGAUGCCCUCUUCGGCUGGCUUGUAAGAUGGCACUUCUUGGGAUUUGGUCCAUGCCUCAAGCGUAGCCGUCAGAUAUCAUAGGCUGAUAGGCCGCGGACCACCGUUGUUGAGCAUAGAUGCUCAGCAAGAUCAACCAGACAGAUUUCGAUGACUGUAUCUCAUGCUGUGCUGUCCUUCGUAGACCAAAAGCUUGCUCAGACUAUUCC